UAUUUUUUAUAUUGAAUGAAACCAAAUUCAAUGGUUUAUUUAUUACCUAUUUUGUCAUCUUCAUAACAAAGGCAAAUCUGGUUAAGGUGUACUUGUAUUAUUAGUCGAAAUCAAAUUUAAACAAUUAAGGUAUUUAGAGGUAAAAAAUUAGAUGGUCAUUUCAACGUAAAUUUUAUUAUCCAGAUAUCCAGGUAUAAACACGUGUAAGUGACAUUUCAAUGUAAAGGGAGAUGCAUUCUUAAACAAUAUUUGACAUUUUAUACUUUUUUUAAUAUACACUUAUAUGGGGUUUUAGUGUUAUUUUACUUACCACCCUCUCAGUCGCACCACUGCAGAGGGUUCUUAGAUUAUUCAUGGUAAAUUAGUUUACUCGUACUUUGACCAUUUAACAAUUUUUCUCUUGAAACAAUAACAAAAUAUAAAUUAUAAUUAAGUAUCUAGUUUUAUAUUUCUAAUUUAUUAGAAUUUAAACUACCAGCAAUUUCAAGGUUGUCAUAUUCAUAUUAUCAAAUAUUAUUAAUGAACUUUGAUAAUGAGAUUCUAUUCUCAUUUUUUAAAUUAGAUCCUUCAAAGAUUCCACAAACUUUUUUUGUUUGUUUAUCCAAGUGACACCGAUUAUUGUUUCUAAAUUAGAUUUGUAACAAGUUUCGUCAUUAAAGCUUCAACUAUUAGUUCUAAAUUAUUAACGAUUGAUUUAAGAUUUACUUCAAAAAGAUCAUUUUAAUUAGAUUAACCAGUUCACUACAUAUACACCUCUUGAUUUCUGUCUCGCCAGCAACAAUAAAUUUUGGUUAAAAUGAAAUAUUGCGUUGCGCAAUGCCCACUGCAAAUAAAUAUUCAGCAUUACAUUGGUUUGGUGAAUGUAAUGGUCUUUAAAAAUAUGUUGAUGAUUCAGGAAAGUUGUUUGUUUGUUUAUCUGUGCAUAUCGAAAGAUAUAUCAUGCACAUUCAGUGUGCAUAUUUAUGAAUGACUGAUUUUAUUUAAAAAAAUAUGCAAGCAGCGGCAGCUCAGUAGCUCUCAGUCAUUUUAGAUCUUCGAAACAGUCUUCUGACGAAUUUUCAAUUUACCCAACCCAUAUAAACAAUUUUGAAAUCUAAUCUAGAAGUUAUUAAUUAGUUGUUAUUUUUACCCCAAGAUAACACGAUGAGAGACGCAAAACAAAAUGACUAAUUGAUUAUAACAAUAAUAAGGUCAACAAUUUCUGCACAUAUUUCAGUUAUCCUUAACCAAAUGCCAUGUAUAUUCGAUCUGGUUAAUUAAAGGUUAAAGUAAUUGCAGUGAGUAUUAAUUAAUUGUCUUGAUUUAUCCUUGCCACACGCAAAGUCACAGUUUUGUUUAGGUCGCAUUUUAGUAAUCUUUUUCAUAAUGGUCAUGUAUUUUGGAAUAUUCGCUUUAAUGUUUGUCAACGUACUGUCAGCAGCACAAACUCUACCACCCAACAAUUUACUUGCCCCAAAAGCAUACUGUGGAUACCAGCACGCCGAUGACUAUCCACGCGCCGAUGAUUCGAUUUCAAUUGACGAAUUUCCAUGGUCAGUCCAAUUACUGUACAGCGAUAAUAGGACUAUACGAUGCAGCGGUUCCCUCAUCAACCGUCGUUAUAUACUAACCGCUGCACAAUGUCUAAAUAAUAAUUUGACAGGUGUACGACUUGGUGACUACAACGUUACCAGCGACAAAGAUUGCAUCAUAGAUAGAAUUGGCACGGAAUGUAGCGAUCCAGUUCAAGACUUUGAGAUCGAAGAGACAAAUAUGCAUCCCGGGUAUAACCCCGCAACUGCCGCCAAUGACAUUGCACUGUUGAGGCUUAAAAACGACGUAAUGUAUUCCGAUUACAUUCGGCCCAUCUGUUUACCAACGUCGCCCGUGGUAGAAUUGAAGGAAGAUGCGCAAUUGUCCACGACCGGUUGGGGAAAGGUGGGUGAAGGGCUGAAUCAAACCGAGGUAAAGAAGAAGGUCGACACUACUUUGGUACGCCUGAAAGAUUGCUUUGGGUUAUUUCUCCCGGAGUCGAUGGAACACAGUUUGUUAUGCGCAAAGGGGAAGCACGCGUUAACAUGCCAAGGAGAUGGAGGAGCUCCUCUAAUGAUUUCGAGGAGAACUCAAUGGGAACAGAUUGGUGUGUUGAUAAGUAAACGCGCGUGUGGUGCGAGGAAUCCUGCUGUGUAUAUCAAAGUUUCGGAAUACAUAGGAUGGAUAGUUUAUAGUCUGCGUGCUUAACUAGGCAACGAUGGGCUGUAUGGAUUAUUUUUAAUAAACGUAAACAUUUGCUACGUUUUUAGGUUUGAACAAAAAUUCACUAUUUUGUUUCAAGUCCAUUUAUAGUUAAAAUUAAUUGUUGACGUUUUAAUACGUUACUUUUAUUAAGAUUGUCAGCGAUCUUUGCACUUCUUUUCUACACUUUAUUAGUAGUUUAAUUUUAUGUAAGAGUUAGCACUAGAUAUUUUGUUAUAAAAAUGUUUCCGGGUGAUGCCCGGCUAUAUAAAUAACUUUGUAAUGUCGGUACUUGAUUCAAAUUAUUAAAUUUUGUUGGUGUGUCUGUGGUUAAGCUUAGGCGGCAUCUGCAUCUGCAAAUUCAUGGAAAUAAAUGUUACAGUGAAAAUUC